AAGCAACUGGCCCUGAUUAUCACACCUGGAGCCGAGAGACGUCUUUCCAAGCCCGUGCUCCUCGGGUCACAUAGACUUUCCUGGCAUUCCUGGGUCUUUGAAGAGGAGAGAACAGAGGAUACUGUAGGAGAGCAAAGGCGUCCAGCGGUACCAUGGGCCGUCGGAGCGCGCUAGCCCUUGCCGUGGUCUCGGCCCUGCUGUGCCAGGUCUGGAGCUCCGGCGUAUUUGAGCUGAAGCUGCAGGAGUUCGUCAACAAGAAGGGGCUGCUGGGGAACCGCAACUGCUGCCGCGGGGGUUCAGGCCCGCCGUGCGCCUGCAGGACCUUCUUCCGCGUAUGCCUCAAGCACUAUCAGGCCAGCGUGUCCCCGGAGCCACCCUGCACCUACGGCAGCGCAGUCACGCCAGUGUUGGGUGUCGACUCCUUCAGCCUGCCUGAUGGCGCAGGCAUCGACCCUGCCUUCAGCAACCCCAUCCGUUUCCCCUUCGGCUUCACCUGGCCAGGUACCUUCUCUCUGAUCAUUGAAGCUCUCCACACAGAUUCUCCGGAUGACCUCGCAACAGAAAAUCCAGAGAGACUCAUCAGCCGCCUGACCACGCAGAGGCACCUGACCGUGGGAAAGGAGUGGUCACAGGACCUUAACAGUAGCGGCCGCACAGACCUCCGGUACUCUUACCGGUUUGUCUGCGAUGAACACUACUACGGUGAAGGCUGCUCCGUGUUCUGCCGACCCCGGGAUGAUGCCUUCGGCCACUUCACCUGUGGGGAGAGAGGGGAGAAGGUGUGCGACCCUGGCUGGAAAGGCCAGUACUGCACUGAACCAAUCUGUCUGCCAGGCUGUGAUGACCAGCAUGGAUUUUGUGACAAGCCAGGGGAGUGCAAGUGCAGAGUUGGCUGGCAGGGCCGCUACUGUGAUGAGUGCAUCCGAUACCCAGGCUGUCUUCAUGGUACCUGCCAGCAGCCCUGGCAGUGUAACUGCCAGGAAGGCUGGGGGGGCCUUUUCUGCAACCAGGACCUAAACUACUGCACUCACCAUAAGCCGUGCAGGAAUGGAGCCACUUGCACCAACACAGGCCAGGGGAGCUACACGUGUUCCUGUCGACCUGGGUAUACAGGUGCCAACUGUGAACAGGAAGUAGAUGAGUGUGCUCCAAGUCCCUGCAGGAAUGGGGGGAGCUGCACGGAUCUAGAGGACAGCUACUCUUGCACCUGCCCUCCCGGCUUCUAUGGGAAGGUCUGUGAGCUGAGUGCCAUGACUUGUGCAGAUGGCCCCUGCUUCAACGGGGGACGGUGUUCAGACAACCCUGACGGAGGCUACAGCUGCCAUUGCCCUUCGGGCUUCUCUGGCUUCAACUGUGAGAAGAAGAUGGAUCUCUGCAGCUCCUCCCCCUGUUCUAAUGGUGCCAAGUGUGUGGACCUCGGCAAUACCUACCUGUGCCGGUGCCAGGCUGGCUUCUCUGGGAGAUACUGCGAAGACAACAUAGAUGACUGUGCCUCCUCCCCAUGUGCCAAUGGGGGCACCUGCCGGGACAGUGUAAAUGAUUUCUCCUGUACCUGCCCACCUGGUUACACAGGCAGGAACUGCAGUGCCCCCGUCAGCAGGUGUGAGCAUGCACCCUGCCACAAUGGGGCCACCUGCCACCAGAGGGGUCAACGCUACAUGUGUGAGUGUGCCCAGGGCUACGGUGGCCCCAACUGCCAGUUCCUGCUCCCUGAGCCACCACAGGGCCCCAUGGUGGUGGACCUUAGCGAGAGGCAUAUGGAGAGCCAGGGGGGGCCCUUCCCCUGGGUGGCCGUGUGUGCCGGGGUGGUGCUUGUCCUCAUGCUGCUGCUGGGCUGUGCUGCCGUGGUGGUGUGCGUCCGGCUGAAGCUACAGAAGCACCAGCCCCCACCUGAUCCUUGUGGAGGAGAGACAGAGACCAUGAACAACCUGGCCAAUUGCCAGCGUGAGAAGGAUGUUUCUGUUAGCAUCAUUGGGGCUACACAGAUCAAGAACACCAACAAGAAGGCGGACUUUCAUGGGGACCAUGGUGCUGACAAGAGCAGCUUUAAGGCCCGAUACCCUGCUGUGGACUAUAACCUCGUUCGAGACCUCAAGGGAGAUGAAGCCACCAUCAGGGAUGCACACAGCAAACGUGACACCAAGUGCCAGUCACAGGGCUCUGCGGGAGAAGACAAGGGCACCUCAACACUCCGGGGAGGAGAGGUCCCUGACAGAAAAAGGCCUGAGUCUGUCUACUCUACUUCAAAGGACACCAAGUACCAGUCGGUGUAUGUUCUAUCGGCCGAGAAGGAUGAGUGUGUCAUAGCAACUGAGGUGUAAGAUGGAAGCGAUGUGGCAAAAUUCCCAUUUCUCUUAAAUAAAAUUCCAAGGAUAUAGCCCCAACGGAUGCUGCUGAAAGGAAGGGAGGCCCCAGGGACUGCUGCUGAGAAGCAGGCUCAAGCGGAGCUGGUUCUCUCGGAGUUAGCAGAGGUGCCGGACACUGCCAGCCCGAGCUUCGGCUGCCGCUGCACUGCCUGCUGGACGUUCCCAUUGCACUAUGGACAGUUGCUUUGAAGAUUAUAUAUUUAAGUGGACGAGUGACUUGAUACGUAUAGGAAGCACGCACUGCCGACAUGUCUGUCUUGGAUUACUAUGAGCCAGUCUUUCCUUGAACUAGAAACACAACUGCCUUUACUGUCCUUUUUGAUACUGAAAUGUGUUUUUUUUUUCUAGACGGAAAAAAAAUGUGUGUUAUUUUUUUGGAUUUGUAAAAAUAUUUUUCAUGAUAUCUGUAAAGCUUGAGUAUUUUGUGAUGUUCAUUUUUUUAUAAUUUAAAUUUUGGUAAAUAUGUACAAAGGCACUUCGGGUCUAUGUGACUAUAUUUUUUGUAUAUAAAUGUAUUUAUGGAAUAUUGUGCAAAUGUUAUUUGAGUUUUUUACUGUUUUGUUAAUGAAGAAAUUCAUCUUAAAAAUAUUUUUCCAAAAUAAAUAUA